CGGGAUAAUCUCCCGACGAUGGUGGUCGCCGGCAUUAUCAAACGGUGCGUGUCUCCGUGGUCGUCGAAAACCACGUUUCCUCGGAAGUCAAAUGGCGAGUUGAGAAUUGUCCAUCACUAUCUUGCGUUGAAUGAUGCAAUUGUUAAAAAGGCUUACCCGAUGCGAAAAUCGAACUUAUCCUCAACAGCAUGGUGUUAG